AUGCUGAGCAAGUUUUUCAUUGAUGAUCGGUUCCGGUACUACGUGCAGAAGAAUUGGAAGGGCUCUCAGGGCGUCAUGCCGGGCCUUUAUGCGAAUUUGAUUCGGUCCCUAUGGAAGAAUGAUGUGGAAGUCAUCAUGCCCACCUCGUUUCGGAACUUCUGUGGUCGCUUGAACCGCGAAUGGGCUAUUGACCGACAACAGGAUGCCAAGGAAUUCUUUGAUUUUGCCGUAGAUUGUCUCCAUGAGGACUUGAACAUCAACUGGCAGCGAACACCGCUCCGGCCCUUGACUUUCUCUGAGGAGAUGCAGCGCGAGCGGAUGCCCGUCUCGCGGGUGUCCAAGAUCGAAUGGGACCGGUACUGUCACCGGGAAGAAUCCUACAUCUCGUCCCUGUUCGCUGGUCAGCAUGCCAGUCGGCUCCGUUGCACCACCUGCCGUCAAACCUCGACCACCUACGAGGCCUUUUACAGUAUCAGCGUGGAGAUCCCGCCUACGGGUACCGGGGAUAUCUAUCAAUGUCUCCGCAGUUACUGCCAGGAAGAGAUGCUGAGCGGCGACGAGGAGUGGAAGUGUCCUCACUGCAACUGCAAGCGGCUAGCCACCAAGCAGAUCAUCAUCACCCGAGCGCCCCAGAUCCUCGUCGUCCACUUUAAGCGCUUCUCCGCGUCCAAGACCCAGAGCGCGCGCAAGAUCCACACGCCGAUCGAGUUCCCUCUGCACGGCCUGCGCAUGGACGACUUUGUCAUCUCCUACCCAGGCAACGCCACCACCGACUCGGACGCCGACACCAGCCCCGCCUCCACAACGAUGGGAGCUACCGCGCCACCGUUCACGUACGAUGCCUUUGCCGUGCUCCGACACAUUGGAUCAUCGAUGGGCAGCGGGCACUACAUCUCGCUCGUGCGUGACGCGGCGCGGCAGAACUGGCGGAAAUUCGACGAUGAGCGGGCGAGCGACUUCAAUCCGCGCGACCUGCGGGCCCGGGACCGGCUGCAGAACGAGCAAGCGUACAUUGUCUUUUACGAGCGCGUGCCAGCGAAAUGA